AUGUAUCGGGUCGAAAUAUUCGCAGGAAUUUUGUACUUAUAUCUGUCGAGUGCAGUGCAAUCGUUUAAUUUAGCUCCUCUUCCAAAUGUUAUAAUAAACGGGCCGAUAAAUGAUGCACGCGGAAUAGGGAAAGGUGACGAAAAGUAUAGCGCAUACUUCGGUUAUACAAUUGUGCUCCGUGAGACAAGUGUUCUAAUUGGUGCACCACGCGCCGUUACUGCUCAGCCUGACAAUACUUCAGUAGAAACUGGUAUAAUUUACAAAUAUGAUUUGCGGGCACAGGAGCUAAAACCAUUUGAAUUGGAGAGUAAUGUGACUUUUGAAACAUUUUACGGAUUGCAACAAAGCAAAUCUCGGCAGUGGUUGGGUGGCGCAAUGGAUGGUGGGAGCAGAGAUGCGGAUCCUUUGAUCGCCUGUGCUCCGUUACAAACAGCUACAAAGCUCAACAAUGGUGGGUUUAUGCACGGCGCUUGCUACUGGACAAAUAAUACUCUGCACGCCGAAAAACAAAACCGCAUAUCUUGGAUUUUAAGCCCAUUUGCAGCGAAAGGUGAACACGACAAACAGGAAAACGAAAAUUUGAAAUAUUCCUUUCUGAGAUAUGGACAAUAUGGCUUUAGUAUACUCCUAACGGCAAAUAAUAAAACCGUUAUUGCCGGCGCCCCCGGCCUAUCGAAUUGGGAAGGCAAAGUUAUACACUUCGACUUACGGAAUAAAAAAUCACAUAGGACCAAGACUCAUACGAAUGCCCCCAAACCGCAGUAUAAAGGAUAUGCAGUGGGGUAUGGUUAUUUCAAUACCAGUGAUUCACAACAAAUGUCUUAUGUAGCCUCACGAAAUAACUUUCACACGCCCGCCUCAUCAUUUCAGGUUCAAAUCUACACCGAUGCAAAGCGGUGGAGUCAAAACAUGUUUCCAAUGCAAACGGGUUAUUAUGGCACUCAAUAUGGCGAGUUUUACGGUUAUUCACUACUGGUGGAAGAUUUGAAUGGCGACGGCUUGGAUGACAUUUUAGUAAGCGCUCCACAUCGCAUAGUUAAUAAUAUUUUCGAAGCAGGUGCUGUUCACAUGCAUAUCAAUCAGGGGAACGCAAACCAGUUAAAUUUUGAGAGAUCAUUGUUAGAAUCACCCUUCCCGAGUAGUGGACACUUUGGAACAGCGCUCAGCAAGUUGGGUGACAUUAACAAAGAUGGAUAUAAGGAUGUUGCCAUUAGCGCUCCAUUCGCCGGUUCGCAACGCCAUGGUGCUGUUGCCAUUUAUUUUGGCGGUCCAAAUGGUCUCGAAACUCAACCCAGGCAGAUACUGAACGUGAGUGUUGAUUAUCUCGGUACCGGAGGGGAAGGUUUCUUUGGUCAAGCCCUCUCCAAAGGUGUUGAUAUUGAUGGCAAUGAUUAUAACGAUCUGGCUGUUGGUGCACCAAAUGCGGAUAAAGUCUUCAUCUAUCGUACAUAUCCGGUGGUGAAAAUAAAUGCAACCAUGGAACCGCGAAAUUUAAUUAUUCCCACGAAUGAGACUUUGUUAAGGCUUGAGUUUUGCAUUAAUAUAUUGUCAAACUCGACGAAAGUUAAAAAACAGGAUAUUUCAGUUGACUUGAGUGCCGGCGAUAAGGAAGAGCGUAUCAAUGUCACACACUGCUUUCGUGACGAGCUACUCAGUGCGGAUUUCGAGUCAAAAUGCUACAUUUGCAACGCCCCCCUCAAAUACGAUGAACGUUUUAUGUUUGUGCCAAUAAUUUUGGAGCUUUCGUAUCGCCUAAAAAAUGAUGGGAGUAGGCUUAACAGUUCUGAAUUUUGUGAGGACUGUGCGAUAGUAGAUCCUGGUUGGCCUAGUUUGGCGCAGUCUCACAUACAAUAUCUACACAAUUGCCAAGGUUCGGUUUGCAAUGUGGAUUUACGGUUGCAAAGUGUGAAUAUGCCCAAAUCUCUAACACUCGGCACCGAUAAAAUCCUACCACUCCGUUAUAACAUCACCAAUGUGGGCGAGGAAGCUUACUACACCAUGCUCACCAUUACGUUUUCCAUAAAUGUUCCCUUCGCCAAAAUGCCUGCAGAAUGUGUUCAAGACUUCGAUUAUGGUAUGACAGUUAAAUGCAAUUUAGCGAAAAGAAGAGCUUUUACAAACGCCACCGUCGUGGAGCUAAGUCUCGACUUGAGUAAUGUGGUUGGUUAUACGGUUUUGAAUAUCAGUGCAUCGGUUUUCAGUACAGGAGUUGAACAGCGUCCAGCCGACAAUGAGGUAUUCGAUCAAAUAACGUUAUUUACGAGCGCCGAGAUUUGGGUAACUGAGACAUCAUCAAAUAAAAUCGCUUCUGUAACUGAUGACCACCAAAUCAUGCCGGUUUCGACGAGUUUUGAGAUACAAAACGCCGGCCCAAGCCCAUUGAGUUUCUAUCAUUUAGUCAUCGAUUUCCCUAUCGGUUAUGAUGAUACCAAAUAUAUUAGCAAUUACUCAGCGCAAGCUCUCUUUAAGGGGCUUGAGUAUCCCAUUUCAGAGUUUGUUACAUCAGCGCCCGUUUCAUCGCCAACUUUGAAUAACAGCGAAAUUUUACACCAAAAUCAUAUACUCGGAAAUCACACUACCAUUCUGAUUUGUGAAAUAAAUGAGGAAUCUAAAUUGAAAAUGUUAUGCGCUCAGAGCGAUAUACAAUUGCCAAAGGUAUUAUUCGCUGGUGAAAACUUAACUUUGGUACUAAACUUUGAUUUGAAUUGGGAAAACGUUGGAGAAGCGUUGUUGAGCCAAGCACAUGAGUAUUUGGCUCAUAUCGCGCGAGUGAGUUUGAAGUCGAACACACCAGUAAACGGAAAACUUAACGUGAAACACCACUAUAAAGGCUCAGUAUUCAUGAAGAUCAGUAAACGUAACGCUCUCUGGAUUUAUAUAAGUGCCAUUAUUGGUGGUAUACUCUUACUUGUUGCUGUUGUUUUGCUUCUACGGAGAUAUGGUUUCUUCAAACGUCUAACAAAGGAAGAAAUGGAAAAGAAUUUCAACGAGAAACAAGAAAAGGCUCGCAUGAAGGAAGAUCUCGAUGUUUGUGUCGCCGAAAUAGAAGAAGAAAAAACGGCGAGUUCUUGAGUGGACACAACUGA